AUGCGAUUCAUGCAACAAAUCAAGGAUAAAGUUCAAAAUGAAGGAGUAUUGUUUAUCCAACAAUACUACCUGAAUAAGGGACUGAAAUUAUUCAAAGAAGGAGGUAAUAAGGCUGUGAUGAAAGAACUUGACCAAUUGAUACAAAGAGAAUGUUGGAAACCAAUUCAUGUUGAAGACAUGACUGAUUUGGAAAAAAGAAGAGCCCAAGAUGCUAUGAUGUUUUUAGCUGAGAAAAACACUAGUGAAAUAAAAGGAAGAUGUGUAUACAAAGGAGAUGGAACUCGAGAAUGGCUAUCUCGAGAGGAUAGUUCAAGUCCGACUGCAGCAUUGGAAGCGAUUAUGAUCACAUGUAUAAUUGAUGCGUAUGAAGGACAAGAUAUGAUGUCUUUGGAUAUUUCAAAUGCAUUUAUUCAAACUCAAAUGCCAAUGGAUGCGAGAUCCAGAGUGAUGAUGAAGAUCACUGGAUUAUUGGUCGACAUGAUGAUACAACUGGAGCCAAGGUAUUGUGAUUACGUUGUAAUUGAGAACGGAAAACAAGUGAUUUACGUGAGAGUAUUGCAAGCCAUCUAUGGGAUGUUAGAGGCCUCUAUGCUCUGGUACAAAAAAUUGAGAGGAGACAUGGAGAAACAUGGUUUUAUUUUCAAUCCAUACAAUGGAUGUAUUGCCAACAAGAUUGUGAAUGGCAAGCAACAAACUAUUCAAUCUCAUGUGGACGAUCUAUUAUCAAGUCACAUCAAUCCAAAAGUGUAUGAUGAUUUUUGUGAAUGGAUGAAUCAAAAGUAUGGUUCAAUGACCCUAGAUUUCAGUAAAAGGGGAAAAGUCAAAGUCCGAAUGGAUGACUAUGUUAAUCGAAUGUUGAAUGAAUUUCCUGUGAAGUUCAAGGAAAAUGAAGGGUGCAAGACACCGGCAAGGAAUGAUUUAUUAAGGAGAAAAAUUGGAUGA